UAAUGAUGACUGCUAGUAGUACCCAAUUUUUACACAAUCCUAAAAAUCUCAUCUUUGCACACUCCCAACACUCCUACUCACAAAACUCAACUCUUCGAUUCCUCCACUCCUUUAAUAAUCUUUGUAAAACCAUACAAUCGAAUCCCAACCCGUUAACCUUUGAUUGCCCCAUGAAUAUUUUGUGCUGGGAAAUUCGUGGAUAAGCCCUUGAAUUCGUGUAUAUAUAUAUACGGUUAUGAACCCUAGUUGAUGUGGGCCGACAGGAAUGGCGGAGCUGAAUCAAUUUGAGGGGCAGAGUAACGGCGGGAUUGGGGAGACGAUGGCGGGGACGACGGCGAAGCGGCAGAGACGACCGAGUGUGAGAUUAGGGGACAUUGGAGGGGACACGCCUCUGGGCUAUGAAAACCUGGACCCUCCCCAGAGAAGGGGCUCGUCCAAGCAGCAAAGGCAGCUCAAGUACCCUUGGAAUCCGCCGCAGAAAGGUGCGAGAGGUAAAAGUAGUGAAACCCUAGUUGUGGAUAAGAAUGGUAAUUUUGAUAAUGAUGAUGGUAAGAAUGGGGGUUUUGCUAAUGAGGUUGAGGAUGACGAUGGGGACUUGGAUUUGGAUAGGGUUGCUAUUGGGAGUUGGAAAUCUUUUAGGGAUUUGAAAUCGAAAAGAGGGAGAGGGGGUUCAGUUAGGAAGAGGGUAAGGUCCAACUGGGUGUCAUCAAAAAUUGAUGGAAGCCAGAAGUUGUUGACUAAUGGAGGGGAUGGUGAUGGUGAGGGGGAAGACGGUUUUAAUUUGGACAAUGAUGAGGAGGUGGAUAGGGAUUUUAGACGCGAUAAUUCAGAUGAUGAAGAGGAAGAAGAGGAGAGAAACCAGAGUCCAGUUCAUUCGUUUGACAAUGAUGAAGAUGUUAUGGAUAGGGAACAAAGGGGUUUUAGCAAAAGUGGUCGGAGAGUGGCUAGGUCUGAUGAAAUGGAAGGGCCUAGUGAUUCGGUUGAGAGGAAUGGGGUGAAGAUUUGGCUGAAUCAGUUGGGUUUAGGACGGUAUGCUCCAGUUUUUGAGGUACAUGAGGUAGAUGAUGAGGUUCUGCCUAUGUUGACGCUAGAAGAUUUGAAGGACAUGGGAAUUAGUGCAGUUGGAACGCGGAGGAAAAUGUUUUGUUCGAUUCAAAAGCUCAAUAGAGGGUUCUCCUAGAUUUUUUCCUCUUUUUGUAAUCAAGGGAAAGGACAAGAUUUUGCAUUGAGAAUCUACAUGGAAUGUUUUAACAGUUAGAGGAUGAGGUGCAAUGGCUGAUAAGCUGCUGCCUAUGUUGAUAAACUAGUGCUCAAUUAAUUCAUUGGGGUACUUUUCUUGCAGCCUCACACCGUAGUUUUGCAGUACCUUCUGCGUUUUUCAGUUUUAUAGAUUUUGUGUUUGUUUCUCUAGGGUGGUAAAUAGUUUUCUAGUUAGUAAUGAUUUUGCUUACGUAGCUCAUUGAUAGGGUAUUUGCGACAAGUAGUUAACCGCAAGGUCAAACUGAAUGAUACCAAAUUGGUGUUGGAUACUUGCUGCAUCCAUCCUUUAUGUUGCUUAUAUUGUGCAUCAAAAGUUCGAACAGUGUUUUCAUCUUUGUUUGUUUCUGUUUUGUCUUUCUAGGAAUGGCUAAAUUUGUGCGUGUUUGCAUUUUCCUUUAGCUGUCCAUUCUGGUACCGUUACAUCUAUGUUAAGAUCAUUAUAACCUUUCCACACUUCUAAACUGGAACAGAUUCUAUAAUGUGUGAAUAUUCAGGUAUCCUAUGGUUUUACAAGUGUCUUCCAAGUUCCUGAUGUGUUGGUUGUAGCCAGUUUCUUUCUUGCAGCACUGUUCUUUUCUUCUUGUAUAAUACUAUGUUGGCUCUUCCUUUAAGGAUAAGAAAACGUGAGCUUUUUGGGAGGUGCAUUUUAUAUUGAUAGAUUUUGGAUUUAGGUCAUAGGCAUUAUCUGAGGUUUGAUAUGGUUCUGUACAAAGUGACGUGUGAAAUUUGUGGCCUUGGUAUUUAGCUCGGAUAAAUGGGACAUUCGUUUGGUUGCAUUAGGUGGCAGGUUGACUUUCAAGUGCUAGUUACCCUUUUUCCCUUGGAAGGCUAGAAUCUUCAUUUAUCUGGCAUAAUAUGGAAAAACAGAUUUUUAUUUUUUUUAUUUUUGAUGAAAAUGAAAGAAAAGAAGAAGCAGAAUUUGCAUAAGAAGGGAAUGAUGCUUGCCUGUAACUUCUAAACAGGGUCACGUGAGGUGAUAUGGUAGUGUGGCUGUAUCAUUGAGAUGGAACAACUUUUUUCCUGCAACGGCGAUGACGUAUCUUCUAGUUAAUGCCAAAAAGGCAUUGAUAGUGGCUAUAUUACUACAGUUUAGGAGUAAUAUUACUUCAAGUGUAAAGUUGGUCUCGUGCAUCGUUUAGUAUUCUGUUUACAGCUGUCCCUAAUGGCGUCUGCUUUGGUUUCUUUUGUCGUUACAUUCAUGCUAGGUAAAGCCAUCAAUUUUAAAGGUAAUGUCAGUAGGGUCAAUACUAGUUCUCCAAAUCAAUGCCCUUUUUAAUUGGCUGGAUGACCCUGUACUUUGAAAACGGUCUCACCAAUCUGUUCCAUUGUAAAUGAGUUGCAAAUUGUAACUUGUCAUAUUAGUCAUGAGAACUGAAUUCUGUUAUGCUUUUAUUUUGCCAGUACCUGCCUACAGAUCAUUAGACAUGAUGUUAAUGGGAAUGGUUACCAUAUGGCCAGAGAGGAACUUCAAUUUUUAUUUUUUGUGUUGUAUGGUAGAUAAACCCAUGCAUCUGGCAGUUGUUCUGCUUGUCAUAAUUUUACUUGCACGUGCUUAUACACGUGAUCAUUCAUGUCGAUGGUGUUGUGCCAGAUGCACUCAAGGUGCGUUAGUUGCCGAAUUUGGAUCUCUCAGUGUGAUCAUUACUUAGUUUUGACUAAAGAAAGAAAAUCUUAGUGUGGGAAGUUUGAGUUGAUUUGUGCCUUCUGUGUUACUCUUUUUUUUUUUCUUAGGAAGCUUGUUCCUUGGUUGAUUCCAGUCACUUGAACAUUAUGUUUUUUGAUGCAAACAUAUCAUCAUGGACUGAACUAAUUUCACGAUAGUGACCUGGAGGACUUGUAAAUUCUUUAUGUCGUGCUGCAAAAUUGUAGUGUUAGGGUCAGAUGACAGUCAUGACAGUACAGUUUACAAUAUAUCUUCUAUUGUGUACCUCUGUAGAGGAUCAUUUUGUUAUUUACACACAAUGUUUAUGAGUUCUAAGGGUAAGUUCUGCUGUAAGAAAAGGCGUUGCCUAGUCUUUUACUCGCUUUGUUUUUGGUUGGGAUCGCAGCAAACUCGAAUAAAGGACUGCAGAAUUGCAGUCUAUUGUUUGGAUCAUGAUGCUGGCAUCUCCGGUCACAGUUAAGGGUAAUAUCACCAAUUUAUUGGAGAAAGUCUCAUUUCCGAGGAAGCCACUUAAUAUUAAUUUCUGUAGAAUGUAUGCCUAUAUGGAUAUAGGAUUCGUACUCCAUGGAAUUGAAUCAGAAC